AAAGUGCACUAAAUUUUCGACGAAAUGUCCCGACAACGUUUUCUCGCUUGGAAAGGAUAAACCUAAAAGUAUUUUAGAAAUCGUAAAUAAAAUAUUAAAUGACACAAAACCCGAAGAGAACGCUUCUAGUUGUAGUCUCGAUAAUUUAAAACAUGACACAGAACCCAAAGAGAACGCUUCUAGUAGUAGUUUCGAUAGUUUAAAACAUGACACAGAACCCAAAGAGAACGCUUCUAGUAGUAGUUUCGAUAGUUUAAAACAUUUUAUAAACAAAUUUAAGAGAGAGAAUACUUUAUACCUCGAAAAAAGUAUUGAAGCCAUAGAUAAAGCAUUAAAAUCAGAAGAAUGUAUAAGGACCUUUUAUCAGUGUUUUCAAAUAUUUAAAUUUGAAGUGAUUGACAUGAAAAUAGAAAAAGCCAAUCACCCAAUAAUGACUAGUCAUAUUAACAUAGUUUAUGAUAACGAAAAAUUGAUCAAAUCUUGGCUCCAAAGCUACACUGGUUAUAAUCCAUAUGAAGGAGAAAGAAAUUCAGCUUACUCUCAAUGUCUUAGGAAUUUCCGUGGUGACCCCAAAGAGGAUAAAUGGAUGUUUAAAUUAACGCAGCUGAGUUACCGAUACAUAUACCCUUCUAAAUCAGAAACUCUGAGCUCGUAUAAAAUUAAAAGACAAAUUAUGAUUAAGAAUUUAAAACUACUUGAAUAUCAUAUUCAUAGUGAUGAUAAGAGAAAACGAAGAUUCGAAUCUUUAGAAGACGCAAAUAGCAAAGUGGACCAAGACUAUUUUGAUUUGAUGAAAAAUUGUCGGGCUCUUAGUGGAGAAGAUGUCUAUGAUGUAUACGUUAUGAGACUAAUUAAUACCGAAUGCAGACCAUUAGGUGAACCAGAGUGGAAAAAGGAACUAAAAGAUGCAGGAAAAAAAAAUGCUGUCGCUCUUCUUCAAAUGAAGAUGGAAAAUAAGUUGCAGUAAACGCCAAAUUUGUCCAUAGUACAGAUAUUAUCAAGGAUAUUUAUUUCACAAUUGAUUAAAAAUAAUGUAUAUUUCAUGUUAUUAAUUAUAAAUUUUUGAUUUUGUUGUUACAAUUAUUUAACAUAUUUUUUACACAAUAAUAUUGUGCUUAUAUAAUAGAAUCAAUAAAUAUAAUAAAAUAAGAUAUAUUUUCGAAAA